GUUUUCUUGAAAUCGUGUUCAAUCCACCCACUUUACCACCCCUGGAAGUAAAACGCAUCGAGCUUCCCCGCAUCCACUACUACCCUCUCUACAUUAACAGACAUAACACACACCAACGAAUAACCAAAACCAAAUCCCCCACCUCCCCCGAAGGGAAAAAAGUUUAAAGAGCAAGAUGCAAGCCGUUCCCGAAUCCCGCCAACAAACCUUCGAGGAGAUUUACGGCCCUCCGGAGAACUUCCUCGAGAUAGAAGUCCGAAACCCCCAAACGCACGGCACUUCUCGCAACAUGUACACCUCCUACGAAAUCGUCUGCCGCACCAACAUCCCCGCCUUCAAAUUGAAACAUUCCGUCGUAAGGCGCCGAUACUCCGAUUUCGAGUACUUCCGGGAUAUACUCGAGCGGGAGUCCACGAGGGUCACGAUCCCGCCGCUACCGGGGAAGGUAUUCACGAAUCGGUUCAGUGAUGAUGUGAUUGAGCAUCGACGGGAGGGGUUGCAGAGAUUCUUGCAGAUUGUGGCGGGUCAUCCGUUGUUGCAGACGGGGAGUAAGGUGUUGGCGAGUUUUGUGCAAGAUCCGAAUUGGGAUCGGAAUGCGUGGUAGAUUGAUACGUACUUCGUACUGUGGGGGAGGGAUUUAGAGGGGUGAGUUGGGUUGGGGGUAU